AGAAAUCAGUCGGACAUUAUAGAAGACAUCGCUGCGUGCGUGACUCUGCGCGCGCUCUCCCUGCUUGUUUUCCUUGGGCAUUCGCGCCACGUCCCCUCCGCUGCGUCUUGUGGACUUAUCUGAUGUGAGAGGGGAAGCCUGCAGCCAGUCAGACCUGCUCCACUGUGGAUGACUACUGCUCAUCUACUGAGGACUCGGAAACCAUGAACAAGGUGAAGAACUUCAAGAGGCGCUUCUCAUUGUCUGUCCCCCGUACCGAGACCAUAGAGGAGAAUGAAUUCACAGAGCAGAUCAACCAGCUGAACAUCAGACACACUCAAGGCCUGACACCAGAUCGGUUGGGUUCAGCUUCAUAUGAUGCCAGUCCCGUGAGCCCGGAGCCCACCACACCCAGCGCCCACUCCCCCUCCCACCUGCACUACCACAGCAAGGCCCAGCACAGGCGCUUCUCUAUGGAGGACGUCAGCAAGCGCAUGUCUCUGCCCAUGGACAUCCGUUUGCCCCCAGAGUUCCUCAAAAAGCUGCAGAUGGAAAGUGAAAACUCGCCCCUUUCCAAACCGCUCAGUCGAAUGUCCCGGCGGGCUUCACUGUCUGACAUUGGCUUUGGGAAACAGGAAACGUAUGUGAAGCUUGGGAAACUUGGUGAGGGCACCUACGCCACCGUAUUCAAAGGGCGCAGCAAACUGACCGAGAACGUGGUGGCUCUGAAGGAGAUCCGCUUGGAGCACGAGGAAGGAGCGCCCUGCACCGCUAUCAGAGAAGUGUCCCUGCUGAAGAACCUGAAGCAUGCAAACAUUGUUACAUUACAUGAUAUCAUCCACACGGACCGUUGCCUUACGCUGGUGUUUGAGUAUCUGGACAGUGAUCUGAAACAGUAUCUGGAUAACUGUGGGAAUCUAAUGAGCAUGCACAAUGUGAAGAUCUUUAUGUUCCAGCUUCUCCGUGGUCUGUCCUAUUGUCAUCAAAGGAAAAUCCUACACAGAGACCUUAAGCCUCAAAAUCUGCUCAUUAACGACAAGGGAGAGCUCAAACUCGCAGAUUUCGGUCUGGCCAGGGCAAAGUCUGUCCCCACAAAGACAUAUUCUAAUGAAGUGGUGACUUUAUGGUAUCGACCUCCAGAUGUCCUACUAGGCUCCACAGAAUACUCCACGCCAAUCGACAUGUGGGGCGUGGGAUGUAUCCUGUAUGAGAUGGCCACAGGUCGACCCAUGUUUCCCGGGGCAACAGUGAAGGAGGAACUGCACUUGAUAUUUAGACUAAUGGGGACACCCACAGAGGAGAGCUGGCCUGGGAUCAGCAGUAAUGAAGACUUCAGAUCGUACCUCUUUCCUCAGUACAGACCUCAAGCUCUCAUCAACCACGUACCCAGGCUAGACACUGAGGGCAUCGACGUGCUAACUGCCCUGCUCCUGUAUGACACAAGGAACAGGAUAUCAUCAGAGGCUGCACUUAGACAUCAGUACUUCCAGAGUUUGGGGGAGAAUAUUCACAACCUGCCAGACACCGCUUCUGUGUUUUCCCUCAGAGAGAUCCAACUGCAGAAAGACCCGGGCCAUCGCAGUUCUGUGUUCCAGCCUUUAGCCCGUGGAAAAAACAGGAGGCAGAGCAUCUUCUAGAGGUCAAAGGUUACCGAAGAGAGACACAGACGCACAAACUCACGAGCAAGUUCCAUUUGGAGACACCCUGCAUGGACUCAACAGACCACCACUACUACUAUCACUACAUGGAUGAACGUGAUGGGUGGAUUUCAUGCACUUUGAAUGCCUGUCUUCAUCCAAAAAAAAAAAACUACUGCUAAAAGGAACUACUGUUACAACUAAGCGUAAAGUCACAUUAUAAUAGUGUUAAUAACCAUAAACUUCUUGCAGACAGAAGAAAGUAACAAAGCCAAACAAGUAUACUGUAUUCACAUAACAUCCAUCCUAAUAGGAGAUCUGGGAGACUGUUUGAAAAGUCAUACAUUGCUAAAACUUUAAAAGUGCACUGUGCAACUUUUCUGGAGGAGGGUUCGCCACCUGCUUGUCUCCAUGGAGAUGCUUUCGUUUUGUCUGGAAUGUGCUGGGAUGGCAUUAAAACGUGUCCAUCUUGCAAUUUACCCAGUAACUUGGGUUUAUACUGACUUUAUUGACUUUAUUUACUGUGAGUGGGCUCGCCUCUCCACAGUUCAGACAUGCAACCUGGCCAGGUCGCUGGUGUCACCUGCUGUCUCCAUAGAGAUAAAUAAGUGUAAUGUCAUACCUUGGAAAAUUCCAGGCCAUAUCUUCAAGGAGAGAGGUAGGUGACGGGCCUUCCACCAGAAAAGUUACACAGUGGACCUCUGAUAACAAUGAAAUAUUUAAUCAAUAACAACAACCUCAUGUACUUUAUUUCAGCUUCAUUUAGCAUGAGGACACUGAUUUAUAGCUUCAAUGAAAUGUAGGUUUAUACUUUAUUUUGAGAAAUGUUUCAACAUAUCCACCACAUCUGGUCAUAUACAUAUGCAUGUACAAAUAUGAAGGGGUGAUUUUAAAUAGUGACGGCUGUGAGUGGAUCUCUGCUUGUGAUCAAUCAAAACAGUAGCAUUAGCAGAUAAAUAGAACAGCACAAAUACACAAACACACUCUUGUCUAAAGGUACAAUGUCAUAGAUACUGGCCGUGUUGCCUUGCUCCACCUGCCCCCUGUGUCUGGGUGGGCGUGUCCAUGCCAGUGUUACAUACAUUCCAGUUUUUGAAGUUGCCUUAGUAAAACUGUGCAUGAUGUUCUGGCUUGUGGAGGUAGUUGAUCUAGUGAAGCCAUUGUUUUUGAGGCAUUUGCUUUGUGUCUGUAAAUAGUCUGUUUGAGUGUGUGGUGUGUCUCCUCUUUGCACAAACCAGAAGUGUCCUAUCAGGCUUGCUCCCUUUCCCUCUUAUCCUGUCUAUUAUGAACCUCCCUUCAAAAUGAUGAAAUUUUAUGUCCUAAAUUUUAAGUACCAGUUUUUACCAAUCCCCUAGUGGACUUGGCUUUCACUUCAUUUGGACUUUAAUUGGACUCAGCCUCACUGGAGUAUUUCAAUAUUACUGACUUGUGGACUUGUCCUAAUACUUCCAGUGCAAUAUAAAAGUCUUGGCCUCCCUGUCCAGUGCAUUCACUGAUGUUAAGGCUUAGAGCUCAUUAUACUGUACAAGAUACAACCAUCAGUAUGGAAAUAUAAAUCUAUGUAGAAACGUGUCUUGCUUGUGUAGAUACAGCAGUGGUUGGUGAGAUUUUGAAACAAUGGCUCAG